AUGGACAGCCAGGGACCGUCACAAGGACCGCAGAACAACUUGAAGGCCAACUUGCAGCGAGACUAUCGCGAGAGGGAGCGGCUCGCCUUUCGCAAUCUGUUGGGGGCCCUGAAUGAAGUCGAGCGCACUAACGCUCGCUCCCGACGCGAGAUUUUGAGAAGAGCCACUGAGUGUCUCCGGCGCCUGGGACAAGAGCAAGUUGACCUGCAGCAGCAGCUCGGCGGGACGCUCCCAAACAAUGCUGCGGGCACUGGGACUGGGCCAGAAGGUGGUUACAAUUUUAUUUGGCUCAGCCGGAACAUCCUGGUGAGCAGCCGGGGGGAACGGGAUGGCCGUAGGAGGUGGAACCUAAAUGCACCGCAGUCAAUCAAUAUGGACAGGAAACACAUGUACAACGUACGGGUAAAUCCAUAUAGUGCCACGGAGGGAACAAUCUCGAGGGGCGCUAGGGCAACUGACUGGCACCUGAUGGCACCUAUCGAUGGAAAGCUUUUAUUUUGUUACGUGUUCAUGGCGUUCCACGAAUAUAGUCGUGGCUGUAUUCGAAAAGUUCAAAAUCACGAGGCCUGCGAGUGGGUCAGCGAGAAGGACCCGUCGGACUGGCUGGUGACACAAUUAGCGAUUUUCCCGAUUACUGAACGUUUUGAGAUUAUGGUGCUAGUCAUGUCAUCAGAUGUUGAUGCGAAAGUACCCCAUGUCAAGGCCACAUGGAUGUAUAAUAAUAGGAAAUACCGUUUGAGAUGGACGAAGGAUCCAUACUUUUCCCUGUUUGCGUCCGACAUCGUCUCAUACGACGAUCGGCUCUCGGGCCUAAGGCCAGAGGAAGUCGAAGUCUCGAUGUCCCGCGGGAUUACCCGCUCAGCAGUCAAUUGCCGAAAACGUAGGGUACGCCCUACAUCUACAUCUGGGGAUUUGAGUCGGGGACAGGACACGGAAUGCCAAGACUAG